CGAUACUCCAUCCUUUGGGUUUUUCAGGGACCAUAACUUUUCUAAGUGUUCCCCAGGACUUGCUGUCGAAUUAUGACCUCUCCAAUCUCAGGAAAGACGGUGGCCGAGCACAAUUCGCGCGAGAGUUGUUGGAUCAUUGUACAUGGAAAAGUUUAUGACGUCACAGAAUUCCUUGAUGAACAUCCCGGUGGCAGUAAAAUCAUUUUAAAAUACGCGGGCAAGGAUGCAACCCAGGAAUAUGAUCCCAUUCAUCCGCCAAACGCAAUCACCGACAACCUUCCCCCAGAGAAGCACUUGGGCUCUGUCGAUAUGGGCACCGUCGAAAAGGUGGAAAUCAAGGUCACCGACGAGGAGAAAGAGCGAUUGGCGAGAAUGGGCGCGAGACCCUCGUUGUCCGAGAUCCUUAACUUACACGAUUUCGAGGCAAUCGCGAAACUAGUGAUGCCCGAGAAAGCGUGGGCAUACUAUUCGUCGGCAGCAGAUGAUGAAAUUACGAACCGCGAAAACCACGCUGCAUACCACCGGAUAUGGUUCCGCCCACGGAUUCUGCGAGACAUGACUGUCGUUGACUGGUCAACGACAAUUCUCGGCUACAAGUCGACGAUGCCUGUCUACAUUACAGCAACCGCUCUCGGAAAACUCGGCCAUCCAGACGGCGAGCUUAAUCUGACAAGAGCAGCGGCUAAGCACGGUGUCAUCCAGAUGAUUCCGACACUGGCGUCUUGCGCCUUCGAUGACCUGGUCAGCGCUGCUGCGCCUGGCCAAGUCCAAUUCCUCCAGCUGUAUGUAAACAAGGACCGUAAAGUUACGCAGAAGUUUGUUCAACAUGCAGAAGAGCGCGGAAUCAAGGCGUUAUUUAUUACGGUCGACGCGCCUCAACUCGGCCGUCGCGAGAAGGAUAUGCGCAUGAAGUUCGAAGCAGAAGAUCCGGACGAGGUGACCAAGGCGGGCGAGAACGUCGACAGGUCACAAGGUGCCGCAAAAGCUAUUACAGGAUUCAUCGAUCCAGGUCUGAAAUGGGCGGAUAUAUCAUGGUUCAAGAGUAUCACGAAGAUGCCCCUCAUCCUCAAGGGCGUUCAGUGCUGGGAGGAUGCGCUCAUGGCAUACGACGAAGGUCUUGCCGGAGUCGUUCUCUCGAAUCACGGUGGCCGCCAGCUUGACUUUGCGCGGUCAGGAAUCGAGGUGCUUGUCGAGGUCGUGCAGAAGCUAAAGGAGGAGCGCGGGCUGAAGUUCCCGAACGAUAAAUUCCAACUGUUCGUGGAUGGCGGGGUGAGGAGGGCGACGGACGUAUUGAAGGCUAUCGCGUUAGGUGCUACGGCAGUGGGAAUUGGCCGGCCGUUCUUGUAUGCAUUCUCCGCUUACGGCGUGGACGGCGUGGACAAGGCGCUUCAAAUUUUACACGACGAGUUUGAGAUGAACAUGCGUCUGCUGGGCGCCAACACAAUCAAGGACGUCGUCCCCGAGAUGGUAGACGCGUCGUCGAUUCACUCGCACAUUGUGGCCGUCCCCGGAGAUCGUCUUUACGAUGCCAACUACGAGAGCAUGCAGCACGCUCGCUUGAAGGAGCUCAAGGCCAAGCUGUGAGCUCGACCACCACUAGUUCCGGAUCCCCCUUUGCUGUUUCGAUGGGGAAGUGCGCAUUGCUAUAUAUCGCAGAGGGUUUAUGUUGCACUCGAUGAUGUCUGUCUAGAUUUGAUACCACUGACCUGUAUAUUCACCAGACCCGUAACGUCGUAUCGCUAACGUUGCCAACUCUCUUUGA